UUGUGUCGUCACCACGGGUGAGACGGUUUCCACGGUAACGCGGGUGGGCCUGUAAGACGGUAUCGGCCCAGGCGGGGUUUAAACGCUGUUCAUCUUCAUUCAUCUCAUUUUUCCACAAUAACCGCAGGAUCGAGCAGAUGGAAACAAUGUCUGACACUGCACCGGCACCGAGUGAGAAGGAUUACGUCGGACAGAUUAAAGGAGGUCUGCGUCCUGCUAUGAGAAUCGUAGUGAUGGGCAUCAUUCACGAAAGGCCAAAGAGUAUGAUGGUGACGUUGUCCUGCCAACCCCAAGAAGAAGAUGACAAAGAGCAGGAGGGUGACGUGGGGUUACAGCUGACGGUCAAGUUUCCUGAAAAGGCAGUGGUCCGCACUUCCAGAGUCAAUGGGAAGUGGGGAACAUCGGAGAGCAUCGUCUCUUUCUUCCCUUUUGCUGCUGGAGAGUCUUUUAAAAUGGAGAUCGUGUGUGAGCACCAACAGUUUCGGAUUCUUGUGGAUGGGCAGCCAUUGUGUGGAUACACACACAGAGUGACCCAGCUGGCAUCCCUCACGACCGUGCGUGUGGGCGGAGACCUGCAGCUUACCAAAAUCGCAUGAGAACAUCAUUAAGAGUCGCCAUCCAAAAGAAAUAACCCCAAACAGGCACUUGUAGAAAACUGAAGUUCUUUUACAUAAAUAUCACUCCCUUAGUGACCCUUGACCUCUGGCACUAAGCACUAAGUCAUAAAAACACCCAGACCGCAUACACACAAGUAUGAAUUUCACACAAAUUUCUUCUCCUGGCAGCAGUGUUUUAUACUACAGCGCUUUCGAAUUCUCAAUUCUGAUUGGUCAGAAGGUGUUGGUUCAUUUUCUAUCAAAGAUUUACAUACCGCAAUGCACUUAUUGUUUCAGUAGUAACAGCAGCUUCCAAAGGACUGUUUCUUAUAAAGAGACGCUUCUUUUUAAAACAUGUAUAAUCGCAAUCAUUAAUCUAGUGAAUGUUUUUUCUGUAAAGAAGAGAUUCCAGUGUCAGUAAGGGAACUAUAAAGCAAAUAUAACGUAAGUGAUUGUUAGCAUUUUGACACCAUUUCCUGAAAGCUAGGACAUUGAACUAAAUUCUUGCUCUUUCGGCACAGAAUGUUGUUUCGAAAAAUUUCUAUGUGGACGUUGUUUUAAUAAAUUAACAAACCAGGGACAGAGAAUGUAGGAGUCAUUAUCACUAAUCCUGUCUACAUUAACGUUUUCUGACACAAUUGCAAACUGCUACUUCAAGGGUGGUACAUAAAAUGUACUACAACCUGCUACAACCAUGAACUUAACCUUGAACUUGGGCUCUUUUCAACAGAAGUGCCUUGACAUUUGCAUGUGUGUGUGUGUCCACAUUUUCUUCAUGGAGGCAGGAAAAAUACAACCAGAAAGCUCUCUGAGAGAUUUCUAAUGCAAUAUCUUACAUGGUGCUAUUAGAACACAGUGGUGUGUGUGUGUGUAUGUACAGUAUGUGUGUGUUUGUAUGUAUGUGUGUCACACUCACCUACAAUACACACUUUUUUACACACAUGUAGGAGUUCAUGUACGCUGCAUUAGAGCUCGCCUGAUCAUUUCUAUACUGUAUGUUUGUGUUAACAGGCACAGCAGUUGAAAGACACGUGUUUGACGGAGAAAAAAAGCUUUGUCAAGAUGCCUUUGUUUGAAUUAGAUUCCGGAUGAAAACAAUAAAGGACUUUUUUGCAAAUA